AGUACAACUCAAACAUCAGAAGAAAAUCUUCCAUUCAAACCUCCACAGAAAUAAAAUGGAAACUCAACUAAACUCAAGAAUGAAGAAAUUUCUUCUAGUUAUAAAUUGUAUAAUUCUAGCUAUAGGAAAUUGUGGUGGCCCUUUGAUCACCCGCCUUUACUUCAUUAAAGGAGGCGCAAGAAUUUGGCUAUCAAGUUGGCUACAAACAGUUGCUUGGCCAAUUGUUCUCAUUCCUUUAACCAUCUCUUACUUCAAUCGUCGUCGCGAAUCUCGAGAUAAAAUACUAUCAAUGGUCCAAAACAACAGCAACAAUGACAAUAAUGAUAAUACAAAAGUCAUUUUGAUGACUCCUUUGAUAUUUGUGGCGAGCAUUGGGAUUGGAGUCCUAACUGGAGUCGACAACUAUCUCUAUGCUUAUGGCGUGGCUAAAUUACCCGUUUCCACAUCAGCGCUCGUGAUUGCUUCUCAACUUGCUUUUACCGCGGCCUUUGCUUUCCUCCUUGUGAAGCAAAAGUUCUCGGCCUAUUCCAUUAACUCCAUUUUUCUAUUGACACUUGGUGCGGUUGUAUUGGCCCUCCACGCGAACGGGGACAGGCCGAAUGGAGAGCCCAAGAGGGAGUAUGUUCUAGGGUUUAUCAUGACACUUGGAGCUGCAGCUUUAUAUGGACUUAUAUUGCCUUUGUUUGAAUUGUUGUACAAAAAGGCAAAGCAAGAUAUUACUUACACACUUGUCUUGGAGAUUCAGGCUGUUUAUUGCUUUUUUGCUACUGGGGUCUGCACUACUGGGAUGAUAAUAAACAAGGACUUCCAGGCCAUGUCAAGGGAGGCAAAAACAUUUGAACUUGGAGAAGGAAGAUAUUACAUUAUUAUAAUAUGGUCUGCAAUAAUUUGGCAAUGUUUCUUCUUAGGUGCAAUUGGAGUUGUCUUUUCUUCUUCAUCAUUGGUAUCUGGCAUUUUAAUUACUGUUCUACUUCCUGUCACAGAAAUAUUAGGUGUUGUUUUUUAUGGUGAAAAGUUCACCGCAGAAAAAGGUGUGUCUCUUGUACUUUCUAUAUGGGGCUUCAUUUCUUACCUAUAUGGUGAUACAAAAAGUAGCAAGAAGACAAAAAAUCAAUCACCAGAACAAGAGAUGAUUGAUAAAAUAUGUACUCCAUGAUUGGAAAGAGUCAUGUACAAUUAUUAAUAUAUGUCGAAGUAACUUUGUAUU